AUUUCUUCCUUUGAGACCAAGAACGGAUUGCAGCUUUCUUUAACCCUUCUCUAUUUCAUGCACCAGAAAAACAUAUAUAUGCGUUGAAAGAUGACAAAACUCUAUGGAAGAAAGCCAUGGUUGAAGGGAAAUAUGAUCGAUUGAGGACUCAAUUGUGGAUGGAAGGCAAAAUUCUGCAAAAAUCAAAGGGAUUUGGGGAAAAUUAAAGGUGUUGUGAUUUCAAACUUGUCCCAUUUUGUAGAAUUCAUAACUUAAAUUCACAUAGAAGCGUCCAAUUGUGGUAGUUAUUAAUUUGGUUGUAGGGUUAAAGGUUGCAGUAGAGUGGUCAUGGAUUGGCUCAGUGCUUCUGCACGUCCUAUGAUAGUUUCUUAUCUUGAUCAUACAAUGGUUGAUUAUCAUGAUGUUGAGAAUGUAUCCCUAUUCUGCAUGCUUUAUAUAUCAUGCCCAUGUGAAAAUAAAAAGUCCUUGGAUCCAUCUGCUGUAACUGUCCGUCCUAGUGGUGUUGAGAAACCUCUACAUGAACGCAUACAUGAAUUGAAAGGGUGGUAUGGAGACAAGCAGGGAAAAAGGUUUCGGGUUUGGGUGGAUUGUGUAUUAUCUACACAGACUGGUUCAAGCACAUGGCUGGUGAAUUUUCAUAAAGUGGGUGCAGUGUGGUGAUGUGCGGUGCUGUUGUGCUAACUUUUUGAAAUGAUUUGCUUAGAUGAUUGACUUGUGGACUUCAAGAGGGUGAUGGUUCACAUGGGUUCACCCGGAUACGUGUACAACAGGCGUGGCUAUAAGGAUAAAAAAUAAAAGAUCAUUCAGCCU